AUGCCAUUCCUUCGGCCUCUGCUCUUCAUCUUCUGCUGGUCCUGUUGCUCCCCCAGCACGCUGGCGGCCCUUCUUCAUCUAAUGCCGCCACCACUGUCAGUCACUUGCACCAAGCCUGAGAACCACGUCUAUCAACGACAAGACCACCGUUUCCAGGUCUCGUGUCUUUGGGACAGAUACGUGGCGUUGCGCUACUCCAAAGCCCCCGGAGGGAACCCCAAGGAUGGAGGGGCAGAGUCUCCAGUGCCCCCUCUCUGCCACUGGUAUCGGGACUCCAUCCUGGUCAACCGCACCACUCACUGGACGGGUCAGCUGACGUUCGGCCCAGGCCUGCCAAGGGAAGGUCCCCAUCCGCCCUGGGCCAGCACGCAGAUCAUAGUGCAGUGCGCCUCCGUUUUGUGCUCGGCUCCCCUGUGCUUGUACCACAACUUGAGCAUUGAGGUGGUGGGGCAAGAUGUUCACCUCUUCCUGCUCUGGCCGCACACGCUGCCGGUUUUGGAAAGGCAGCCUGUGCGCUUGGGCUGGUGUGCGCGCCUCAAGAAUUCUGCCUGGCGCUACCGCUUCAAGAGCCAAGGGGGUCACCCCGAGGAGCUCCUGAUUCCCACCAACCAGCACAGUGAGCCCCCGCCAUUUACGGUCUACCCCAGCGCGGAGUUGCACCAAGUCUGCAGGUCUUACUACAGCUACCACUUGACCGUGCAGUACCCCCACCGCGGAUCCUACGCCGCUUCCAUCAGCGCGGAGCCUGGACCCCAGAUCAGCCUCCGCCUCGACUUCUUUGUGGAGCCUGCUCUGCUCUUCGUGUUCAGGGUGACGUCCAAAUUGCAGAAACACCUGCCUGGGAGCCUGACCCUUUCUUGGGACCUGCGGCAGCUCAGCCGAGAAAUAGUCGCUUACCAACUCCUGGACCCACAGGGAUCCCUGGGGCAGUCCCACUUCUACGAUUACAACCCCUUUAGCCUGCACAGCCGUUUCUGUGCUGUGCCCACGUCCCACCACACCAAGGAAACGGUCGUGGCCAGCAUGUACUUCCAUACCAGCCAGAGGGUGGUGGGGAGAGUCAGAGGAAAGCUUGAUUUCUCAAAUGGGACCUUAACUUUCUGGACCAGCCGGGCAACCUCAAUUUCCAUCAGGCUCAACCCACAGAAAAACACGAUUAGCACUUACAUUUUUAGCCAUGCCCAGGGCCUCUACUAUUCGACCCAAAAAGGCAGUGUGGACAAUGACCCCGGUGGGAACUCCACCCUCUGCUAUGUUCUCUAUCAGCAGGCAGGUCUCUCUUACCUGGUUACAGUCCAAUUCAUGCAGCCCCAGCUAUUUAGAUUCAGCCUGGCUAUCUAUCUGAAUCGGAACGAGGCUCUCUUCAAAACUCUAGGGGGAAACGAGAUGGAAGUUUAUGUCUUCAACAGCACUUCUCCUGAUAGCAGCUUGGUCUACGUUGUGUGGUUCAUACCUGUGCAGCAUCCGCUUCUGCAGUGUGAGUGGACCUUCAGUUUGCAAGUUUUUGACUCAAUAGGCAGGAACUUGGUGAAGAACUACAGUUUUGCCUAUGCCGAUCAGAUCCGAAAUGCAGCUCAUUUCGUUCCUGAUGCUGCCUUAGCUUUCAAUCCUGCCUUGUAUGCAGGCUUUGUAGCCAAAGUGAAAUGCAUGGAGACUGCAAGGACUCCUAUGGUAUUCACAGCGAUGUUUAAUACUUACGUUGCAAAAGUCAUAGAAUCCCAAAUUGCCUGCCAGCAAAAACCUUGCACCAUUCCUGAAAUUAGGAUCCACCAGGCUGUUGAUACCCAACGCAUCCUGUAUUACGCACAGGGGACUGAAUUUACUCUAGCAGCAGACAUGCAGGUCAAUUGUCCAGGCCCCAAAGCAACCAAGGUCAUCUGGAACAUCUAUAAAGUCUCCAGUCUGUCAGAUACACCAGACUGGUCCAAGCCUCUUAAUCCACCUGGCGUUGAGGAAAGGAAUUUCAUUGCCUUAAAAGUCCCCAGCUCAAGCCUGGAUACUGGCUUAUAUCUUUUUAAUUUUACGAUGCAGUUGAUUUCAUUCACCCUCCCCCAGAAGGUAGAGCGCUCUGAUGCAGUGCAUGUUGAGAUUGGGCUGGACCGUUGGGGGGCGGCCAUUGCUGGCGGCCAGUUCCGGACCGUUGGAUUUUCUGACCGGUGGAUUCUGAAGGGAUCUGUCCUGUUUAAUGGUGAGGUGGUCAGUCUGUCUCAAGGACUGUCCUUUACUUGGUAUUGCACCAAACGAAAAACAGACUAUGCAUCAAUGACGCUCAGCAGAGAUGGGAAAUGUCAUCCAGACCAAGUUGAUUUGAAGUGGACCGCAUCCUCCGAUUCGAUUCAGAUGGUGCUUCCCCAAACCCUUCAAGCAAAUACAACACACAAUUUUCUCCUGGUGGUUCAAAAUGGUAGCAGGAUAGCUCAGGCUCAGCAAGCUGUACAUGUGCAGGCUCACAGUGCCCUCCUUCUGAACAUUGCAUGUAUUGAAAAUUGUGGAACUUCAGUGAUUCCAACGGAAAGAUUUUGUCUGUCUGGUAAAUGCGCGAACUGCAGGGAAAUCAAAUCCUCGUAUUACUGGUCACUGCGCUCAGCCCAGUCCAAUGAGAUCAAAUUUGACUGGUCUUCCAAGACAACUACUGGAAGAACCAACUCCUAUCUACAUCUCAGGGCAUCUGCUUUGGUCUCCAUGGCAGAAGAGUCCUAUAUUUUGAGCCUAAAAGUCAUAACCAAAGAUGGACGGUCAUCUCUCUGUGAAUAUUCUUUUUAUGUUAAUGCUCCACCACAGGUAGGAAAAUGUGUCCUCAGUCCAAGGAUAGGUACAGCUUUUCUAACAAAAUUCAUUAUCCAGUGCAGUGGAUUUCAAGAUAGAAAUGAGCCUCUUGCCUAUAAAGUAAUAGCAGCAUCAGAUCAAAUUAAAAUUAGUUCCAUAUCCUCCAUUCAGAAUAAUACUUUGGGGAUAAUCAUCUACUCUGGACAUGAAUCCCAAACUCCCUGGUCUUUUCUCCCCCCCGGUAGACCAUCCCAGAACUCUGCUUUGACUAUAUAUGUUCAAGUUUACGAUGCCCUUGGUGCAUUUUCUCAAGUCACUUUGCAAGCGACGGUGCUGGAUCAAAGAAAACAGAAGACCAAUGCUCUCCUCCAUCAUGAACUGCAUGAGUUGAUUAAUGGGUCAAGUGCCCCCGUGGCUGCGUCGCUCAUCACCAAAGAUUACUUGAGUAUAGGCUAUAUUGUGUACAUGGUGGCCUCGGCCUUAAACAACAUUGAGGCUUCACCAUCCAGCCAGGUUCCUAAAGCAGCUCUGCGUCAACGUCUGCUGAAUAUAGCUGCAGGGAUUCCUGUCACUACUACUGGGGAAAUCAAUCAGGUGGUUCUGAGUAUUUGUCAAGCAACACAUGAAAUCGCUGAAGUCAACAGGGCAACCCAGCUGCUUGCAGUAAGGAAAUUAAAAAAAGUCAGCAAAGCUUUGAAAAGACACAGGGAUCAAGGCUUAGGCUCAAAGGAAACUGAGAUUCUUAGCAAUGGGAUUCUCGCAGGGUUGUCCAAUAUCUUGAGUGCUUCUCUCUUGCAUCACGGAAAUCCUAAUGCAGAAGCCGUUAAAGAAGCCAUUUCCGUAACAGAAGUAUUAGCAAAUCUCGUUUUACACGGCAAAGUCCCUGGUGGGCAUGAAACGAAUAUGGUGGCCGAAAACUGGACCAUCCACCUAUGGAAAGAUGAAAAAUGGGACAUUUCAGAAACUUUCUCAAAGAGAAAGCAAUGCAGGAACUGCUUCUAUCCAAAACUAAAGCAGGGCUCUCAUGUGGAAUUAGGGGUAGAUAGUGUCGUUUCCACUGUUCUAUAUGAAUUUGAGCAGAAUCCUUUUCCUUGGUUGCAUUUCACAGACAAUAUUGGAACAAUGGUGAUGGGAUUCAAAAUGAUGGGGACCGAUUCUAAAGGGGGCAUAACCAGCGUUCUUCCUGAUGUGGUGGAAAUGAUCUUGACUAGAAAAAACAAGGCCAUCUUUGACUUGACUAUAGGGCCCGAUAAAAAACGUCCUAAAACAACGGGUGGCUUUAACUUGGAAAUCAAAAGAAGCUCCAGUGACAUUUUCAUCCAACUUGUGCCCAAAAGGAAAAUUACUUUCCAGGUAUUUAUCUACCUCGGUGUCAAUUUUAGCCAUUCUCCUUUAGUUUUAUAUAAUGCUUCCCAUCUCCGUCCUCCAACAGUCGUUAAAAAGGACACAGUGAUCCCUGAAUGUGCGAUCAAGGUUCCUUAUGUCCUCUGCCUCCCAAAGUCAUUGCUUUGGUCUCCAGCCUAUAACAGUGGAGCAGACAUACUUAACAUUUCCGUUGUCUUACAGUCACACCCGAUCGUGAGAGGCCAAACUGCAAAGUUUGUCCGCGUGGCUGUUUUUGCAGCUGGUUGCUUGGAGCUAGACGGUGUGCAGGAUCAGUGGAAAGAAGACACAUGCAGCCUCGGCCCUCAAACCAGUUGGUCCAAAAUCCACUGUGUCUGCAAAGCAAAAAAACAUAGCCCAAAGUCAACUAGAUCCAGUUCAGCAGGGAUCUCUGGACCUGGAAUCCGAUUUUUGGCUGGCAAGGUACUUUUAUUUCCCAACCAAGUUGAUAUGAACAUGUACCUUUUAGCCCCCGCAGGGAAGAAUCCUGUCCCAGGGUUGACUGUGUUUGCCGUUUUUCUCAUCUACAUUCUCUUGGCCGUCUGGGUGAGAAGAAAAGAUAGCACUAGGAUUGAAGAGCAGAUUAUAGAUUUGCCAGAUAAUGACCCCUUUCACACAAUGAGAUACCUUGUUACCAUCUAUACCGGUAGCCGUCCAAGAGCAGGGACCAAAGCUGACGUGUUCAUUGAGCUGACUGGCCAGAAUGGGUCGAGUGAUGUGCAUCACUUGAGGCAUCCGGCAUUUCCAGAGGUCCUUCAGUGCAGACGCAUUGACACUUUUAUCCUAACUACCAAGGAAGACUUGGGGGACCUCUUCUCUAUCCACAUCUGGCACAAUUACGGUGGCUUUGGUCCUAACUGGUACUUGAGCCGAAUCAAAGUCAAAAAUGUAGACACUAACCAAGCAUGGCUGUUUCUGUGUAGAAAGUGGUUGGCUCUUGGCAGGAAUAACUACCAAAUAGAAUGGACUUUUGAGGUCACUGAUCCAGAAGUCCCCAUAAGCAGAACUGAUUAUUUUUUUAUAAUGCUUAGCUAUGGCUUGUUCAAAGACCACCUCUGGUUCUCUAUCUUUGUUCACAUCGUCAACAGCAGUUUGAGCAGAUUCCAGCGGCUCUCAUGCUGCUUAGCAAUACUUUUGAGCUCCCUGCUGCUCAACACUAUAAUCCUCAGUGCCAAGAAAGAAGAUGCUCAUUUCCUAGAACUGCAGUAUCUGAUGUCUAUAAGGACUGGCAUUCUCAGUGCUCUUCUCUCCAUUCCUGUGGAAUGGGUUGCAGUGACCUUGUUCAAGUACUCCACGAAGGAGCCUUCCCCGUGUAACAUCGCUCAGGGUCAGGGAAAGGAAAGUUCCCCUUGCUUGGCUGAAAACCUUCAUAAAGAAGGCACCCAACCUUCAGAGAUGAAGUCAGAGCAAUUUCCAGCCACAGACAACAAUUUCAGUAAUAAUUAUGUAGCUGAGAAGGAAGCAACUUUGGGUAAAGCCCAGAAAUUGCAAUGGCAAAGAUGUUUGGCCUGUAGUGCGUGGCUCUUUGUCUUCUUCAUAUCUGGGGUAUCGUCAUUUUUCGUCACAUUCAUUGGCCUCUCUUACAGUAACAAAACAUCCUCUGAAUGGUUAAUAGCUUCCCUGACAUCGUUCUGUCUCCACGUGAGCUUCUUUGAGACUGUACAAAUUGUUAUUUUCUCAGGCUGGAAUAUCUGUUUGGCAAAAUACUGCAGAAACAUCCCGUGGCAAAGCUAUGAAGGUAUGAAGUGCAAAACGAGAAUGAUGGAAGCCAAUGAGAUGAGGAAGGUGCACAAUGACCUCGUUCAACUGAGAGCUUCCAAGAAAUACCAACCAAUCAAGGAAGAAGAAGUUAUAGCUCUUCAAAAGAGGCAGAUGAUUCAGUAUCUGGCCUACAAAUUUGUAAAGGACAUGAUCUGCCAUUUUAUCUUCCUAACCUUAAUUUUAACGAUUUCACACCCAAUAGAUGUUACCAGAUCCUUUCAUUACAAUCAAGACAUGUAUAGAAAGUUUUCUCCUAAUUUAACCAUGUUGAAGGGAACACUGGAUGUUUACAACUGGGUGAACGACAGUUUUCUGCCGCUGAUACACAAUGCCGAUCACCCAAGCUUUCUUCUGGACUCCUGGUCCCAAGUCCUGGGAUUGCCCAGAAUGAGGCAGAUAAGAAGUAAAUAUUCUGCUGUUAAAUGUUUACUUCCCCAUUCCUUGAAAAAUACAUUUAUAAUGCAUACUUUCCGCUGCCAGAAGAAAUAUGGGCUUGACCCAGAAGAUCAAGCCAACUACCUGGGCUCCUGGGCAGCUCCGACCAACGCCCCCAUUCCCAGGCACAGUGCCGAGUUCUUAGGCUUCAGUUACGAGCCAAGCGCCGCCAAGUGGGAAUAUGUCUCCUACGGACAAUUAAACGAAUACUCCUCCAGGGGAUAUACUUUUUAUUUUUUCCCCAAAGAACCACGUGUGAAUUCAACGAAAAGGUUGGAAGCUUUGGAAUCGAAAAACUGGAUUGACAACAAGACCUGGGCAGUGAUUUUUGAACUGACAACUUUCAGCGUUGAUGCUGAUAUGUUCUCUAGUGUGUCUGUUGUCUUUGAAUUUUCUUUACUCGGCCCUGUGAAUGCAAGUGUCAUGGUGCAGUCUUACCAGCUCCCAUUUUUCUCACAUCAAACCAUCAGCCAGAUUUUCCUCUUUUGUUUAACAGUACACAUGCUCAUAAUUUAUAUUGUUGAUGAAUUCCACAUAGUGCACCAAGAACAGCUGAGAUAUUUUGCCACUGCCACCAAUCUGAUCAACUUAGGGAUAAAGACAGUCUGCGUACUGUUUUUGGUGAUGUUUGUGUACAAAUUCAAGCUUUCUUCCGACUUAGUGCAAUUUUACUUACUUCAUCCCCAAAAGUUUGUCCCAUUCCAUAUGGUUUCCCAAUUGGACCAGAAGGUCAGAGAUAUCCUGGGAACUAUGAUUUUUUUCCUGGUUCUGAAAACAUACCGCUAUCUCAGAUUUCUGUAUGAUUUACGCCAAGCCCAAAAAUCCCUGCGCUCAUCCCUCCCUGGAAUGAUCAAUAUAUCCAUAAUGGGAGGGAUAUUUUUUUAUGGAUAUACCUCAUUUGGGUAUCUGGCAUUUGUCCAACACGAAUGGAAUUUCCGUGGCCUGGCUUCUUCCUUCACAACCGUGUUGUCGUAUUGUACCCAAGCAUUCAGGAACACCGAAUUUAUGGCUGACAAAGUGUUGGGGGCUCUCUUUUUAGGAUCCUUUAUGUUGGUGAUGAUUUGCAUUUUUGUCAAUUUAAGCCAAGUCAUCAUCAUGUCGGCCUACAAAGACAUGAAGGAAAUUGUUUGCCAUGAACCUUCAAAUGAAGCGGAUGUGAUGUAUUUUAUAAUCCAGAAGAUCUACAGAAUGUGCUAUUUUGCCCACACUGGUGCCCAUACGAAAACAGAAACCGAUCUUUUUAACACUAUACUGUAUGGGAAAUAUAUCAAACGUCGAAGGCCACCCUUAAGAAAACACUUGGAAAAGAAACAAAGGCUUUAUCUCGUUGUUUGA